AUGUCUUUCCGUCCCGGCAUCCAACAGCCCCAGGCGGGUCCAUACGUGACACAUCCGUCUCUACCAGACAUUAGAGAUGUGUCAGAUGCGCACAAGGUCUUGGAAGCUGUGAGGAUGAAUCUUCUGCCGCUUAUCCGACGAAGAUUACUCGCGCAUGAACGUGCUCAGCUCAGGAGUGGAAAUGUGUUUGUCUGGGAGGAGUCUGAUGAUGUCGACGAGGGUGGCUUGACAUUUUUGCUCAUCCCUGCAUCGUACAGGUCCCAGAGUCGAAUGCGCGGCGACUACCUGUUCUACGAAGAAAAGGUCGACACUACACCCGAGGAAAAACAAGCCAAGGCCAUUCGUCGUGCCAAAAAGGCUUCUGAAUCCGCUGCUAAUCUUCCGCCACCACCUAAACGAAAGGAUCGCCCCGCAAAACAGGAUGGGUUGACGAAGCAGACUUACUCUGUCACUGUUCGCUUACCUGGAGCGGCUACCUUGCGGAAAUGGCAUAUCGUCGCCUACUUCUCUGCGGCCGAUUUUACUCUGCUCCCUGUUGUGGAUCACUACGAUUAUCUCCGUAAUAUCCGCGUACCGGAUGGCGUGUUUAUGAGCAGCCGAAUUCCCAGCUCGUCACUGUCUGACGAGCCCGAAUCGCCGACAAAUAGUUAUCACGGCCCAGAUUAUGCGCGAGAAUCGCGAUCUCCUCAGGCUACCACCCCAACGUACGAGCUCAUGCGUUCACCCUUCUUUCAGUCGACGCAUCUGGGUUCUCCUUCCGACUACUCCUACCCGCAACCUGGCACAUCCUCCCUUCCACCCCCUGACCUCCAUGAACGCUCCGGCAUGGUUCCACGCGUCAGCCUCCCACCCCUCUCAGCGCUCGGCUAUCCCUCUUCCGGUCGACCCUCGCUGAAUCAAAGGCAUUCAACUUCAUCACCCAAUACACGUUUGUCCUCCGAAGACCGACGCAUUCUAGAUCGUCUCCGUGUAACGCUGUAG